CAAGUACCUAGUUUUCAGACUCCGUUAGAACGAAACGAAGAAGAUCCGCCUUCAGCAUCUUUUCACAACGGUACCAGGUUGCACCUCUGCUUACUCUGAGUCGCGAUAGCCGCUGGGGUCUAUCGUCGCCGCAGCACAAGCAAAAUAAACACCCUUUGAUCGUACUCACCAAGGUGACACCCACUGAAACCUCGCUCGAGUUUUCGUCUGAAGACCCACGUCGGGAUUGGCCGGCAUCCAGGAGUGAGUGGAACCACCCCCCCUCCUCUCCAGGGAAUCUGGCCUCACCGGUUCUCGGGGGAACUCCAUCCUUGAUAAACCUGAUCUACGAUGGACGAAGACUUCCAAUGUGUCACAAUCCACGGACGGGUAUUCCAAAAGGUCUCGAUAGACCAUAGCAUAUACUGCGUCCCAGUAGCCAGCGAUGAGCUGGAGGAAGACAGGCUAACGGCUCAACACGAUGUACUGUUCAGACUGUUCGGCAAUGCCCUCUUUUCUCUUCACAUGAGGAUCAAAGAUCCCACGAGGAUUUUGGAAUGUGGGUAUGGGGGUGGCGACUGGUCGGUUCAAUGUGCCGAGGAGUACGAGGACUGUGAGGUUACUGCCGUGGAUGUAUAUCCUAUGCUUAUCGCCGACCAGCCGGAAAAUCUUAAUCUCUGUGGUUAUAACCUCAACGACCGCCUCAACGAUCCAGAAAUCUUCCAAGCCAGGGCUUACGAUCUCAUUCACUCUCGCUGCGUCGGCGCAGGCAUCAAGAGAAAUAGAUGGACAUCAUACAUCCAAGACAUGAAAUUGCUUCUGCGACCGAACGGUUGGAUCCAGAUCGUUGAGUACUAUCUCAAUAUACAAUCGAGCAGUGGGAGAUUGACAGAUGAGUCGGCGGUCCGAAGAUGGUGGUUGAAGUAUUCAGAAGCAAUGAGCCGGAUGAAUCGCGAUCCGAGGAUUGGCAACCGACUGCAGAGUCUUUUUGCUGAUGCAAGACUGGGAGACGUCCGGGUCGAAGCGAUACAGUUACCGAUUGGCGACUGGGAAACAGAUCCGGUCAAAGCCAGUAUAGGAAGGGACACUGUUGCAAUGAUGGGCGACCUCCUGGAGUCACUCAGCCUCUGGCCUUUGACGCAGCAACUCAACUACACGGCGACUGAAUUCCAACGGCUCAUCAGCGAAGUUCGUGCAGAGUUGCGAAACAAAGAGCUGAAGUUGUAUGUCCCCAUGUAA